AUUCAGCCUAAUUGUUUGAAUUUGUUUCCACAGGUGCUGUGUAAUAUAGUGAGCAUACUAGGUUACGAUGGGUAUACGACGUGCACAAAACCAUUCAGAGGGGGAAAAAGCAGACUUGACGUACCUUGUGAUUUCAACACACAAAAUUGGUGUACGGUUCCUGGAUCUUACUACCCUUGGCGAGCUGUAAGGAGAUUUGUGUAUGAGAAUCAUGGCCUGAUGCGAAGAAUGUAUGGAGCUGAAAGGCACAUAUCUGUCUUGCGUUCAGAAAUAGAAUCAAAUGAUGUUGAGUACCAAAGCGAAAAAUGGAGCCAAGAAUCUAAUCUUAAACAUUAUAAAUUGAAAAAGGAAGAAUUUAAAACGACUCAUAAAACUACAACCCAAGCUCCAGUGACAAAUCGAACAUCAGCUCCGGAUAUAACAACUUCUACUGGUCCAGAAAGUACUACAGAGUCUGAUUUUACCACCACUGAUUUUGAUUUUGAAACUACAACUGAAUUUUUGACUACUACAAUGAAAACCGAGACUGAAUCAAAACCGCAAAUCUUUCAGGAUACUCUAGAAAAAUCUAGUACAACUACUGAGAAAGCUCAAUUAUUUUAUAGAACAAAAGGAGUGAAUGCAUGUCCUGUGAAAGAGGAAGUAGUCGCACCCUUUUGGGCGAACAAUACUAGAGGAGAAAUACUAGCAUUGCUGAACCUAUACCCGUUCGAACAAUAUGUUCAUUGGGAGAGGUGCACGUUUGAAAACAAACAAAUGUUCUGCAGAGAAGGAUGUCGUUGUGAGCAGCAGUACCGGUUACACAGAUUACUCGCAUAUGAUCCUUCAAACGAUUGCAGGGGCAUUUUUUCAGAUUGGUUUAAAUUUCCGUCUUGUUGUGUUUGUCGCUGCUAUGAUUUACCUAGUGAGUUUAGACUUACAUCUCGUUCACCAAGGAAAGACAACAGCAAUCAAAAUUGAUAAGAAAUUGAAUCAUAGAUAUGUGUAUUAAAUGAAUGUACAUUUUUUUUUAGUAAGGAAAAGAAAAUACUUAGAGAUGCCUAUCUCAUCAAUGCUACAUUUAAUAUUGCUUUAAAUAUUUAUUAAUAAAAACAAUAACUACAAAUAAAAAAAUAUCUUAAUCAUUGAAUUCGCUUUCAUAAAAAUACAAUAAUUACGUUUUUAACAUUUUAUGUCAUG